UAGGAGACGGAAGCAUCCUUUUCAAGGAGGACUGCUCGUUGAGAACUCGCUUCCCCCCUUCAAUUCCCUUCGCUGAAUCUUUCAGGAGGGUAGUGCGACCCUCUCUUUUGCUCGGAGCGCUCUGUGAACGGACACUCGAAAAGAUCUGUGAAGAAACAGGUGAAGUGAGAACAUCGGCCGCACUAUCAACACAAAAGGCGAGUGGAAGACUUUUCCUGCGCGGAUAAGCAAGACAAGAGCCCAAGACACGUAAUUGUUUGGCAUGCAGCAUGACCAGGCAGCCUCAGGAAUUUCCCAUUUCUGUUCAGGACAGCAGCUGAAACCCAUGCAGUCUCCUCCUCCAUGUUCAGCCAGACAGGACACCUCCUGACGCUUCCAUGGACGUCAAACGGGAGCCUCAUUGCUUCUGAGCCUUCUCCCCGACUGAAUCGCCGGUAGCACCACCCUUUUUCCGAAAUGAAAAUGAGAAAUAUGCCAGCGGGGAUUGGAGUGCUGCUGCUGUUCACGCUUUCCAGAGGGAUCGUCGUGUCAAUCGGAGACUCCGGCUUCACCAGGAAGGAGAUCAAGAUUGAGGGAGACCUGGUGUUGGGCGGCCUCUUCCCUGUCCACGAAAAGGGCCUGGGGAUGGACGAGUGCGGACGGAUCAACGAGGACCGCGGGAUACAGCGGCUGGAGGCCAUGUUGUUCGCCAUCGACGAGAUCAACCGGGACCCCUCGUUGCUGCCCGGCGUUGUGCUGGGGGCACACAUCCUGGACACCUGCUCUCGAGACACCUACGCUCUGGAGCAGUCGCUGGAGUUCGUCAGGGCGUCGCUCACCAAAGUGGAUGACACCGAGUUCAUCUGCCCGGACGGGUCUUACGCCCUGCAGGAAAACACCCCUUUAGCCAUAGCGGGCGUCAUUGGGGGAUCCUUCAGCAGUGUCUCUAUCCAGGUCGCCAACUUACUGCGACUGUUCCAGAUCCCUCAGAUCAGCUAUGCCUCUACCAGUGCCAAGCUGAGCGACAAGACCAGGUACGAUUACUUCGCCCGGACCGUCCCGCCCGACUUCUACCAGGCCAAGGCCAUGGCCGAGAUCCUGCGCUUCUUCAACUGGACGUACGUGUCCACGGUGGCGUCCGAAGGCGACUACGGCGAGACGGGGAUCGAGGCCUUCGAACAGGAAGCCCGGCUCCGCAACAUCUGCAUCUCCACCUCGGAGAAGGUUGGCCGCUCAAACGCCAAGAAGUCGUACGACGCCGUCAUCCGCCAGCUGCUGCUGAAGCCCAACGCCAAAGUGGCGGUGCUGUUCAUGCGCAGCGACGACGCCCGGGAGCUGCUGGCCGCGGCCGGCCGCCUCAAUGCCUCCCUCAUCUGGAUUGCCAGCGAUGGCUGGGGGGCCCAGGAGAGCAUCGUCAAGGGCAACGAGAACGUCGCCGACGGGGCCAUCACUCUGGAGCUGGCCGCCCACCCCGUGAGGGACUUCAACAGGUACUUCCAGAACCUCAACCCCAGCUCCAACUUGCGCAACCCCUGGUACAAGGACUUCUGGGAGCAGAAGUUUCAGUGCGCCCUGAGUGGGGUGGGCGGGGACAAACCUCAGCACUUGCAGCCGUGCGCAAAGCACCUGGCGGUCAACAGCUCCAAUUUCGAGCCUGAGUCUAAGAUCAUGUUUGUGGUGAACGCUGUGUACGCCAUGGCCCACGCUCUACACAAGAUGCAUCGCACGCUAUGCUCCAACACCACGCAGCUGUGCGAUGCCAUGAAAGUCUUAGACGGGAGGAAGCUGUAUCGGGAUUACUUACUCGACAUCAACUUCAAGGCGCCUUUCUCUCCGCCUGGGAUUGACAGCUUUGUGAAGUUUGAUGCCAACGGCGAUGGGAUGGGCCGCUACAACAUCUACAACUACCAGAAGACGACGGAGAAAUACGGCUACAUCCAGGUGGGAGAGUGGGCGGAGACCCUGACCCUGAACGGCGAGCUGAUUCGCUGGUCCCAGGGCGGGGUCGCCACGCCCACCUCCCAGUGCAGCGACCCGUGCGCCCGCAACGAGAUGAAGAAGAUGCAGGCGGGCGAGUACUGCUGCUGGAUCUGCACGUCCUGCGACGUCCACGAGUACCUGGCCGACGAGUUCACCUGCGCCCCCUGUAGCCCGGGCCAGUGGCCCAGCGACGACCUGUCAGGCUGCUACGACCUGCCCGAGGACUACAUCAUGUGGGAGGACGCCUGGGCCAUCGGCCCCAUGGCCAUCGCCUGUGCCGGCUUCGUCUGCACCACCCUGGUGGCCGCCGUCUUCAUCCGAAACAACGACACGCCGCUGGUCAAGGCCUCGGGCCGCGAGCUCUGCUACAUCCUCCUUCUGGGCGUCUUCAUGUCCUACGGCAUGACCUUCUUCUUCAUCGCCAAGCCCUCGCCGGCCAUCUGCACCCUGCGCCGCCUCGGCCUGGGCACGUCCUUCGCCGUCUGCUACGCGGCCCUGCUCACCAAGACCAACCGCAUCGCCCGCAUCUUCGGCGGGGUGAAGGACGGCGCCCAGCGGCCCCGCUUCAUCAGCCCCAGCUCGCAGGUCUUCAUCUGCCUGAGCCUCAUCUCGGUGCAGCUGGUGCUGGUGUCCGUCUGGCUCCUGCUGGAGGUGCCCGGCACGCGCCGCUUCACGCUGCCAGAGCGGCGGGAGACCGUCAUCCUCAAGUGUAACGUCCGCGACUCCAGCAUGCUCCUGUCGCUCUCCUACGACGUGGUCCUGGUCAUCCUGUGUACCGUGUACGCCUUCAAGACCAGGAAGUGCCCCGAGAACUUUAACGAGGCCAAGUUCAUCGGCUUCACCAUGUACACCACCUGCAUCAUCUGGCUGGCGUUCCUGCCCAUCUUCUACGUCACCUCCAGCGAUUACCGAGUGCAGACCACAACCAUGUGCAUAUCGGUCAGCCUGAGCGGCUUCGUGGUCCUGGGGUGCAUGUUCGCCCCGAAGGUCCACAUCAUCCUGUUCCAGCCGCAGAAGAACGUCACCAGCCACCGGCACAACCUGAACCGCUUCAGCGUCGGUGGCGCGGCGGCACCGUACUCUCACGGUUCUGUGAGUGCUCAUUACGUGCCCACUGUCUGUAACGGGAGGGAGAUCGUCGACUCCACCACGUCCUCCCUGUGACCUCCAUACAACCCCUCUAACUCUUCCUCUUAGACUGUUAGCAAAUUUGCACAUAUUGUGCACCUCCUGUGAGCUAGUACCAUUAAUGUAGAAAGCGUGUAUUACAUUAUUUUUAAGGGCUGUACAUAAAAAACUGACAUUGUUCUAGAAAAAAAAAGUAAACUUUAUAGGAUGUUUUUGGGGGAGUUUGAUUUUUGAUAGCUUUACUAUGCUUUGUAAAUAACCAUAAACUCCAUUGUUAUACUGUACAUUAUUGAUUGGAUGCAGCAGUAACCCACUGACAUGCUGCAUUGGGAAUUUUGGACAAACUAUUUGUCACUUUAUUUUGUAGGCCUCAUUGUGAUAACAGAUUAUGUGUUUCUAUGUUGUAUAUAAUAUGUACAUUACUUUUAAACGAUGGUUUUAACAGCACAAGUUGACAGUGUUCCUCAAAUUGACAAACGUAUUUUAAAAAUGCAAUUUUGCUCCUCUAACUAUUAAUUGGUGUUUGUAAAGUCUGUAGGAUGUCAAGAUGCCUGUGCUGUCUGACAUUAUCAUCUUGAGUCACAGAGUGUAAUGACAAUUAAACAGUGGCAGACCUUGCUAAUAAUAUGUAACCUGUAGUAAAAUGUAAUGAUGUUUAUUGAUGAUGGCUUUUGUGCCUUAACUUGUCUUGUAGUUUUAUAAUGAGACUGUGUGCAGAUAGGAAGCAGAUGCAUCGUAUUGCCUCGUGCCAACUGCUUACAUUUACAGAAGGGUAUGCUGUUUAGCAUACAAUUUUUAAGGCAUUGCUGUUUUAGAGACACAGGUAUGUUAAGUCAAUUUGAGUCUUGCCAACUGCUGUUAAAAUAACAGGUAUCUGGGUUUAGAGGCAAUGUGAAUGUCUUUGUGAUGUUACUUUAUUUAUAUAUGAAGACCCAACAAGUCAUACUCUGAACUAUUUUUAAAAAAUGAAUUCAGGCAAACACGACAUCAGACAGCAGUUACAAACAUCUGUAGCGAACAAGAAGAUGACAUAUGGAGUACUCCCAAAGCCAUUCAUAUUUAAUAAAUUAUCAUAACAGUAAAGAAGAUAUUGUUUAGACUUGACUUGUACAACUCAGCAUGACGUGCACCACAAAACAGAAUAUUAAAAUGUUGUACAUCAGAGCUUGCAUAAUAUGAGAAUAUGAGACUUGUCUUCCAAUGUAUUUGAGUAAUUAAAAUGGGGCACCUUUAUAUGGCCUGGUUCCACCAAUCAGAAUUUGCCACGCCUUCUCCAAGACAAGGACAUUCUGGAUGAAAAAAAAUGUUUAAAAAAAGGAAGCAAACUCAACAUGGAGGCUGAAAUGUCUGUACUGAAGUACCACCUCUGCUCUUCCCUGUUUUGUUGUGUUCUAUUAUGGCAAAAAAUAAUUUCAUUUGCAUUUAAAAGGUGAAAUGUGCAAAUGAUUCAAUAUGGUCAAUAGCUAACUUUACAUUUGACCUCUUAUCAACUGUUUUCUAAAAUGUAAUGUCCAGCCCAUUGAACUUAGCCAAGGAUCUCAAUGGUGAUAUAGCAUCUGAACACACCCAGAUGCAUAUGGAAGUCUGUUGCUAUGGAAGAAAUGGAAGAAAACUGAAAAUGAAAUGCCUGAGAUGGCUGAAUUAUACCCCAGCUCAUGUGGUUAAGCAAAACUAAACCACAAAAGAAAUGUGCAUGUUGGGAUUGCCACAUGAAGUCGUGCUGUGGAUUCGGUGAAGUAGCCUCAUGCCCCAAGUCAAACAGUUUCUGCAGAAACAUUUUUUGUCAUGCAGUAUAUCACUCCCCAGUCCUUCUCUUGAGAGAUACACAACAUGGCACUAUGGCCCAUGUGGAUGCCCGCAGCAUCUUUCACUUCCCCAAAAUCCUUUGGGAGAGGUCCUGGAACUCAGCUGGUAAACUCAGACAGCUUGGCAACAUCUCUCUUCUUGCCUCCACUGAGGACAUUGCAGAAGAGGACUGAGGAUAUGGCUGGCUAGCUUGGGGUCAAGUGCGGGGCCAAGCCAAAAGUGGGGGGAUCAUGUCUUGAAAAUAUGUAUACACCCAAGUGGUCUCCCCAAUGGUGCAAUGAGUGAGAUGGAAUAGACACUGUGCCAGGCCUUGGUUUAAUAAUAAAAACUUUCAUCCCAGCUGGCAAGUCCAAUUUCCCAAUUGUUCCCAUGCAGAAAAACUGUGUUGUCUUGGGCCAACCUGAACUCAGGCAGUAUCUGGCUAAGCAUAAAGCAAUAGUACAGUGCCAAUGAAGUGCAAUAACGAGGACAUGAGCACAUGCUAAUAAACACUAAUCAAUCAC